CUAGACGUCAGCUCCGGUGCCACCUUGGCCGUACCAACCCCAUUCAAGCCAUCAUCCCCGAGGCCAAGAUGGACUGCCUAUCCUCAGGCGGCCUAGCAGUCCACUAACACCACAGGGCGACGUGGACUGACUCCUGCCCACAGCAUUCAUGCGCAGGGCUUCUCCUUGACAACACUCAAAUUAUCCUCUCAUGAUGGCGUCACACCCUGCAACUGCCAUCAAAGAGCCUUUGGCCCAGGCAAGCCCGAUCUUUGUUCAACAGCCACCGCUAGCUAGCUCAGGGGUCCGCCCUCACGCCCACACACCGGCUCCGAACCAUUUGCCACAAACUCUCAUCUGGGUUCAGGGGUUGUCGCCUAUAUUGUGCAGGCGUGGGGAACCACGCCAUUCUUGUCUCUGCCCGCCGCACUGCCUCCAUGUCUGGCGGCCGUGCGUGAGUCUUUGGCAUCGGAGCCGAACCAGUCAACCCCACAAACCUUGCAUCGGCACUCUCUCCACCUCGACGCUGCGCGCUUCACCCGGCCGGGCAGCCAGCCCCGAGUGUGCCUUUCCUCUCAGCUACAUCUUGCUGAAACAUCGCCGUGCUAGUCCCAUCAAUGGAAUCCGUCAACGCACAUUGUUCCGCGCCGGCAAUAUGUCAACGUUUCCACUCUUAGCAUUGAUCGUCUCAGAAGGGCCGAGCAGCACCAGUUGACAAGGACGCCAGCAUUGCCAACAGCCAAGGGGGGUUGCGGCAACCGAGCUUUGUCCCCAGCACGGGUCCCCUAGUCGGAAAUGUGACUUCCGGUGCUGCAAGCGAUGCCUUCCGGUUUCAUACCAUCCAAAGUUCUUCCUUGGACACUACGCAUUAGCAGGUCAAUAGACGAACGCCAGAGGCAGGCAAUGACCUUUCCAUGCAGCGGCCCAGAAGCUUAAAAUGUCAGCAGAGUCAGAAUGUGAAGAUAUUUGGGUGGGGGAAUUCCAGUCGCUCAGUCACAGGCGAGCAUCACUGAAACUCAAACACCCCGAUGCAUCACUUGCGUCUAACGGCUGUCUCCAUCCGACCAGACCAUGAAUGACGCCUGGUGCGCUCAACAUGACGAUACCUGGCUGGCACUGUUGGGUGCAUAUUGCACGGGACGCAUCGGGCCUCCUUUCCAGCCUGUUGAGGAACGUCAAGCUCGUGACUUUGAAGAACAUGGCACUGGACUCCUA